AAACAGAAUACCAUGCAAGGUAAAAGGACAUUUAGGGUCUUUUACUAAAAGAGAUGAGUACGAAUUUUGAUCUAGAAUCUUCACAGAAAAGCAAAGGCUGUCCGCGAUGGCAAGUGUUCGUAAUUUGCGCUGCUCUGAUCGGAAUUGGCUUGGGCGUUGGCCUGGGAGUGGGACUGUCAAAUCAGAACAAAGCAACAGUUAUUGUGACCACUGACCCUCCAAAAGUAACGACAUCAACAAAGGCACCAGUGACAACAACAACAGCUGCUGAUCUAGGUACUGGGCCAUGGCAAAACUAUCGACUUCCAGAAUAUAUAACUCCGUCCCAUUACCGUCUAACACUUCACCCUAACAUGACAACUGAUACAUACACUGGGACCAACGCAAUGACUUUUACUGUCUCGCAGCCAACUAAAUACGUCUUGGUUCACGCUGACGCUCAAGUGGCAAUCCAUAAGGUGACAUUAGAACAUGUUGUUGGUGGUGCAACAACAUAUCAUGGUCUGAAAAUUGUACGAGAAUUCCGCUAUCCAGAGUUCGAGUAUUACGUAGUAGAAACGGAUACAAUGCUGACGGUUUUAGGUGAUAACGAGAACUAUGUACUUACCAUGGAGUUUUCAAGCUCGUUGGUACUGCGGAUCGUGGGCUUAUACAAAUCGACAUACACAGUACCCGGCACUGGAGAAGAAAAGGCCAUGGUAGGCUCUGAUAUGGAACCCACCGAUGCACGAAAAGCUUACCCGUGUUUUGACGAGCCUGCGUUUAAAAUCCGUUUCACAACAACUCUAGUACACGAAGCUCACCACAAUGCUUUAUCGAAUAUGGAUGUCGAUAAAGUCGUUGAUCGGAGUGAUGGCCUCACAGAAACGUUGUUCAAAGAGUCAGUUCCCAUGUCGACUUAUCUCGGUUGUUUUGCAGUCAGUGAAUUUGUCUCGCUCGAAGAGAAGAGUGCGAAAAACGGCAUCCCGUUGCGUGUAUUUGUCCCGCCCCAUCAAAAAGACGCCGGUCAAGCGAACUAUGCACUUGAUGUAAUGAAAAUAGUGUUCGAUUUUUUCGAGGAAUAUUUUGGAAUGGAUUACGCGCUUCCAAAAUGCGACAUGAUAUCUAUUCCCAACUUUGGAACCGGUGCAAUGGAGAACUGGGGCCUUAUAACCUACAGGGAAACCAAUCUGUUAUGGGACGAUCGCGAAUCUUCUACAGCGAAUAAACAACGCGUUGCUGCUGUUAUUGCUCAUGAGCUUGUACACCAGUGGUUCGGGAACGUGGUUACAAUGAAAUGGUGGGAUAACCUCUGGUUGAACGAAGGUUUCGCUUCAUAUUUCGAAUACUUAGGACAACAAGUGGCGGAACCAACAUGGCAGAUCAUGGACCAGUUUCUAAUCCAAGACAUACAACCCGUUUUGUCGUUUGACUCGAGAAUAAAUUCACACCCGAUUGUAGUUAACGUAUCCACCCCGGGCCAGAUUACAUCAGUAUUUGACACCAUUAGCUAUUCAAAGGGUGCUUCUAUUCUUCGCUAUAUGAGAGAAAUUUUGGGGGAAGAGGCAUUUAUGGGUGGCAUUAGGAACUAUCUACGUAAACAUGAAUAUGCCAACGCCGAUCACCAUGAGUUGUGGCGUGACGUACAGGAGUACAUUGACGAUAGCACAUCGUUGACGAUAAACAUAGCAGACACAAUGAAUCCAUGGGUUGAACAAAUGGGUUACCCUGUUCUCUCUGUGGCUAACGACGGUACUGUGACCCAGGACCAUUUUCUCAUCGACCCGAACGCAGACUUGUCUGGAAGAGAACCGUCAGCAUUCAACUACAAAUGGAACGUCGACCUCGCUUAUUACACGAGCAAUGACCCAACCAUAACAAAGGAAAGAUUGGCUAUAAAUGCACCUUCAAAGCAGUUGGCUAUUGGUACGCUGAACCCAAAUGACUACUUUAAACUGAACCCGGGACAGCAAGGAUAUUACCGUGUAAACUAUGAAGUUAGCAUGUGGAAUACAAUAAGUCAACAAUUGUUAAACGAUCACACUGUAUUCAAUGAGACGGACCGCUCGAAUUUGAUGGACGAUGCCCUAACCCUUGCACCAGCUAAAAAGAUAACUUACCCACAAGCAUUAAACAUGACGAGGUACUUGGACAAUGAACGCGGGUAUCUAGUAUGGGAUGCUUUUUCAUCCGGAAGUUCUUACAUCCGAAUCAUGCUUGAAAGCACGCUCAUCUAUCCAGACUUCCAGGCAUACUACCGAAAUAAAGUCAAGCCUGCAGCUGACGAACUGGGUUGGAAUGCAAGUGUGGGGACGCACGUGGAAAAGUUAAACCGUGCGCUGUGCCUUGGUUUGGCUUUGAGGUACGGAGAUGUUGAUGCUCUGGCAAAUGCAACAGACUUUUUUAGCCAGUGGAUCGCAGACUCAUCAUAUUAUUUGUAUCCUGACACGAGGCAGCUGGUGUACAGAUACGGCAUAGCAGAUACAGGUGUAGCGGAGUGGGAGACGAUGCUUCAGAGGUAUUUGGUUGAAUCGGUGGCUACUGAGAGAACUAACCUAAUGAGAGGGUUGACAUCAACAGAAGAUGUCACUUUGAUAUCCAGAAUGUUAGAAUACAGCAAAAACGAGAGCAUCGUCAGAACGCAGGACUUCUUCAAUUGGAUUACCUACAUCUCAUAUUCGACGACAGGCAACAGAAUGGCUUGGGCUUGGGUACAACUUAACUGGGAGUAUAUGGUGGCAAGGUUUGGCAUCAAUGACCGAAAUUUAGGACGAUUAGUUCCGAACAUCGUUUCAGAUUACAACACUGAUGUUCAAUUAUGGGAGGUUGAAAGUUUCUUUGCGCGGUAUCCAGAAUCUGGUGCUGGUGCAAGCGGUCGUAUAUCUGCUGUUAAUGAGAUAAAUACUAAUAUCCAAUGGAUGAAAGAAAACCAGGCUGUAAUUGCCGACUGGUUGGCAACUGAGUUGGGAAAUUAGUGUUCGAAAAAGUUCUUUGUAUCGAGAAAUACGUUUGAUCUCACAUUAUGUAAAUUGGCGGUUUUAGACUGCUCAUUUAGAAAUUAUCAUUUAACUUUUAAGUCAAUACUGUUUCUAGAAGCAUUUGUUGUUAAUUUUUUACAUUUUAAUGAAAAAGCCAACACGGCGUGCAUUAUACAUAGUGAGUUCCUAAGAGAUUAAUUUCGUUUAUGUUUAUCAAUUUUAAGUAGCAUUUCCGUAUAUAUAUAUUAGACGACUGUUAAUCUCAUUGUACUGUAAUGUAUAUUUGUCUAGCUAAUUCAACUUUUCGUAUUAUUUUCCGUUUAAUUUCCGCGCAGCACCAAUAAUAUUCAACCAAUUGUUAUCAUUCCGUAUACAACCAUGAGUUAUUUCAUUGUUUUGUGAACGCUAGUGGCCUUGUAGACCAUUUUCGUCAAUCCGUCCUUCUUUUCAUCGGUGUAAUGUUGUAUUCAUACUUUCUUACAACCAAUGACCUUUAUAGUAAAGUAAGCUGAUAAUUCUUAAAAUAUUUUUUUCUCAAUUAGCCUACUCCAAUUUCUAUCAUAGAUAUCUAGAUAUUUUUGUAUCAUAGAUGUCUAAACAUUUGGUACCACUAUGUUUUGGUUUGCUCAUGGUGAACCUAAUUAAAGAGGGAGGAGAAAUUCUGCGCACAAUAAAGAAACAAAGAGAAAAAAGAGUUAAACCA